AUGCAUCCACUUCAGAAGAGUGUUGAUGAAAUUAAGGAAUUAGAUAAAGAUCCUUUCAAAAACUUGAAAAUUAGUGAUACUAGCAUAUUAGACACUGUCGAUGAAAGAAGUUUAUGUAAAAAGUGUAACAAAUCGAGAAAAUAUUUUUGUUAUGUUUGUUAUAUUCCAGUACCUCACUUGGAAGGGAAAAUUCCAAAGGUGUCUUUACCAAUAAAAAUUGAUAUAAUUAAACAUAAAAAUGAAAUAGAUGGAAAAAGUACAUCAGCACAUGCUGCAAUUUUGGCACCUGAUGAUGUCAGAGUAUUUACAUACCCUACAGUACCAGAAUACAGUGCAAAUGACAAUGUUGUAUUAAUAUAUCCAAGUUCAAAAGCGAAAACGAUUAAAGAAUGUUUCGAAGAAAAUUAUGAAUUACUUAAAACGAAUGAAUUUCCAUUUACAAGGGCUGUGUUUAUCGACAGUACAUGGAAUCAAAGCAAAGGAAUUUUCAAAGAUGAAAGAAUAAAUACAUUGCCUGCAAUAGUUUUAAAAAAUAAAAUAUCACAAUUUUGGAGGCAUCAGAAAAAAAGUCCAAGAUGGUAUUUAGCAACUAUAGAAGCUAUACAUGAACUAUUGAUUGAAAUGGUUAAUGAAAGAUGUGACAUGAUUAAAAGAAAAGAAAGUGAAACACAUGUGGACAAUAGAACAUCAUCUGGUUAUUCAUACAAUGGACAAUAUGAUAAUUUAUUAUUUUUUUUUAAUUACAUGUAUUCAAAAAUUCAUGAUUUAUAUGAUCAUGAUUCAUUACUUUCUUAUAAAAGAUCAUUAGAAUAA